AUGGAGUCCUUGCCCGCCAGGGAGGCUGAAUUGACCCGGGAGGUGCCACAGCUCUUAGAAACGAUGAACCGAACCUCUCAAGAGGUGAACCUUUACGAGCGGAAGGCCAGUGAAGCACAGGAGAGGUACCGAAAGCUUCUGGGACAGUGGAGCCGCGUUUACGAGGAGCUGCGGUCCCACUAUGGCAGCUCCAUCGACCGGGUGAAGCCCUACUUCGAGGCCACCGCGACCUUCCGCUCGGCCUCGGACAAGGUGCAGGGCGUGGUGAGGGAGUUCUCGGCGGCGGCCUCUCAGUACAGCAGCGCCAAGGCCGAGCUCCGCAGCAUCGAGACGAAGUUGGCCUAUGGGGCGCACAAGGUGCGCUUGGAUGGGGAUCAACAAGAUGGUUUGUCGCGAGCCACGGUGCGAGUCCUGAAGUGCCGACAGGAGCGGGACCGGCGCGAGCAAGACUAUGCGGAGAGCCUUCGGGACUACGAGGAGGCCAAGCAAAGCCUAGAACGGUGGCGCUUGCAGUUGGGAGAUGCUUUGAUCAAACGCUACGAGCCAGUCUUCAAGCAGCUGCAGCAGCACCAAAGCACCCUUGCAGCUGAACGACAGCGCAUCGCUGGUUUCAGCGAGCGAGCGGCUUCAGCCAAGGGGAUCUACAAUGGAACUUUGGCCGAGCUCGAUCGCAUCAACGUGGCCGUCCACGAAGCCCGUGCUCGGGCGAAGCAGCUCGACGAGCACCUCGUUUCCAACCUCGACGAGCACCCCGUGGAGGGGGACGAGGCUCCCGAGGUGACGGGUGCCAACGACAGGACGGUGGAUCGGACCACAGAGGCUGCAAAGGAGAUCUUCACGGAGGACUUGCCUCCGGCAGAUUGA